UUUUUAAUUUUUUUUUUUAGAUAUACCACCAUUGAUGCCGUUUUAAUCUACAUGGUGAUGUGUUAGUUAUAUGUAGGUAGACCUGAGAUUUGGAUGUGACUGGAAGACAAAGACUUGUGGUAACAGUCCAAUUUUCACUUUAAACAUAAAUGGCCCAGUAACUAUUUUAAAGUGGUUAGUAUUUAUGUUCCAUAUAUUCUUUUUAUCAGUAACAAUAAUUUUAACAUCGUGUAUCCUUAUGUCUAUUGUAACCUCAAGCUAGAAACAAAGAUCCACACAGAAUUAGUUAUGAGCCAUAGAGGGGUUUAAAAUGAAUUUAUGUAUUGCAUAUUAUCUUAAAUAUAAUCUAAGUCAAGUUACUAUAUACACUGCUCACACUUAGACUGAACACUUUAAAGAAACACAUUAGAUACAUCAGGUCUGAUACAUCAUGAAGUUGGAUAUCUAUACAAAUAACGACAGGGCAGUGUCUUAGGAACAAAAGGAUGCCAAGUCUUUGAAUGGAAAUAAAAGUUUUCAGCCUACAGAGGGCUUAAUUGUGUAGACACCAUAAAAUCAGAGUGAAAUGAAGAUGUGGCAGGCCAGUCCAUUUUUUCCAAAACUUAAUUUCUGCAGCUCAAAAUGCUUUUCAGUAUCUUGUGUGGCCCCCACGAGCUUGUAUGCAUGCUUGACAACGUCGUGGCAUGCUCCUAAUGAGACAACGGAUGGUGUCUUGUGGCAUUUCCUCCCAGAUCUGUGUGAGGGCAUCCCUGAGCUGUUGUACAGUCUGAGGAGCAACCGGGCGGCGCCUAAUGGACCGAAACAUAAUGUCCCAGAGAUGUUCUAUUGGGUUUAAAUCAGGGGAUCGUGAAGGCCAUUCAAUUGUUUCAAUUCCUUCAUCCUGCAGGUACUGCCUGCAUACUCUUGCCACGUGAGGCCGGGCAUUGUUGUGCAUUAGGAGGAAACCAGGACCUACUGCACCAGCGUAGGGUCUGACAAUGGGUUCAAGAAUUUCAUCUCGAUACCUUAUGGCAGUCAGAGCACCAUUUCCUAGGCAGUAGAGGUCUGUGCGUCCCUCCAUGGAUAUGCCUCCCCAGACCAACACUGACCCAUCACCAAACCUGUCAUGUUGAACGACGUUGCAGGCAGCAUAACGUUCUCCUUGUCUUCUCCUGACUCUUUCAUGUCUAUCACAGGUGCUCAGGGUGAACCUGCUCUCGUCUGUGAAAAGUACAGGGUACCAGUGGCGGACGUGCCAAUUCUGGUGUUCUUGAGCAAAUGCCAGUCGAGCUCCACGGUGCUGGGCAGUGAGCACAGGGCCCACUACAGGACGUCGGGCCCUCAGGCCACGUUCAUGAAGUCUGUUCCUGAUUGUUUGGGUAGAGACAUUCACACCAGUGGCCCUCUGUAGGGCAAGAGCAGUGCUCAGCCUGUUCCGCCUUGCACAAAGGUGCAGGUAUCGGUCCUGCUGAGGGGUUUAGGACCUUCUACGGCCCUGUCCAGCCCCCGAGAAUAACCACCAGUCUCCUGAAAUCUCAUCCAUGUUCUGGAGAUUGUGCUGGGAGACACGUGUGGAUGUGCCAUCCUGGAGAAGUUGGACCACCCGUGCAACUUCUGUAGGGUUAAGGAAUCGCCUCAUACUGCCAGUGGAGAUAAUUAUGCAAGCCAAAAUCAGCACGAGUGGAAAACCAGCCAAAAAAGAUCAAGAGGGAGAAACUUGAAAUGACCUCCACAUGUAAAACCAGUCAUGUUAUGAGGGUUUUCUGAUUGUUGCCACUGAAGUGCACAUGUUGUUAAUAAAAAAAUUAUCAGGCAGGUUUAAUUCAAUUCAUGCCAGGCCCAAUGAAAAAAAGUGUUCCUUUAAUUUUUGUGAGCAGUGUAUUUUGAAUAGGGGGCACCCAGUGGAAGCGGCAGUAGAAGACUUAAAAUUUUAAAACUCAAGUAAAACAUUUUUGAGAAAGUCUUUGAUUAGACUUGGCGGUGUUAUCGAAUUGUUCAAAACAGCCAUAUAAAAUGCAAUUGCGAUAUUAAUGCGUAAAGGACAAAUAUGAGACGAGCUGUAUGAGGCAGUAGAUUAUUAUGAUACAGUUGGCCCCUAAGGACAUCCGGAGUCACAGCUGUUUCCUCAAAGCGCUGUUUACCCAGGUGGUUAAACCGACACGUAAACUCGGGCAAGCGAGGGCUUCAUUGUGGAUCAAAACGAAACUAGUUAAUUUACAUACACAGCAAACGUCCAAAUCUAAUCUUCACAUUUUGUGAAAAAAUAUAUUUUGUAAAACGUUUUAACUUGAACGAACAACAAUGUUGUGCCGUCGUGCAGAUUGUACCGAAUGUUUCACAAUACGUCUAGCAGUGUAAUGGCCACCGGAGUUGUAACUAACUUCCUGCCAUACGUGAACAAUUCCAGCUAUUUUUUUUCCAAAGGUUUCCAAAGACUAUCUCCGCAUCUGCGAACUGGCGAACAACAAACAGGAAACGCUCUUGCCAUGAAAUUGACAGACAUACGGCUCUGGCCACUCCGCGUCCAGGGGGUCGAAUCACGCAGCCAAUCGCGUCGUAGAAGAAAGGCGGGUCUUCCGUUUACGUGACGCAAAUUUCACUGGUAAUCUACGAAGCCCCACCUUUUGUGUUUCCCGCACCGUCAAUCAAAAAUAAGAAAAAAAAUCGACCCGAAUCUCCGAUCACAGCCCGCCUUUGAUUAAAACAAUCAUGUUGGGAGUUUAAAUGAACAGAUAAACCUCCGAUUUUUUACCUUUUCACGCUAUGACUGGUACGUAACACUUAGCCCGAUCGAAGCACAGCACCGCCGCCCCAGAACAGCCAGCGAAACAGCAGGAAAUGGCUGCCUUGGACGUGGACAGCAGUCAGAGCGACUUUCUGCAGCCGGCCAGCGGCGCCCAGGACCAGCAGACCACAGACCUCACGGCCAUCCAGUUGACGGGCUCCUCUGAUCGCUGGGAGGUUCUAACACCUGUGAGCUCAGUGAAAGACGAGCCAGCUGUAGUGCAGGUACCCAGCGGAGGACUUCUGGGCAGCAACGGGCAGUAUGUGGUGCCACUUCAGACUAUGGCAGGGCAGACCCAGCCCGUUUUCGUGACUGCGGGGGUAGAUGGCACCGGUGCCAAUGGGGUGCAAUAUCAGGUCAUCCCUCACCUGCACGGGACGGAUGGGGCAUCACUAAGCUAUGCAGCACCCACUGCAGACGGAAGCACGCUGGGUACUGACAUUACUAUCCUUCCGGAUGGGACGCAGGGCAUUGCUGCCAAUGCUAAUGACCUCCAGGGCCUGCUAAGUCAAAGUGGGCACGUGCAGCAGAUUCCCACCGUCUCACUGGCUGGCUCAGGGUUUGGCGCACAGGGCCAGGUUGUUGCUAAUGUGGGGCUGCCAGGCAACAUCACAUUAGUGCCGAUAAACAGCUUGACUAACAUGGAUCUCGAGUCUUUGGGGUUGGCUGGUGCUCAGACCAUAGCGACAAGCGUUACUGCGGAUGGCCAGCUCAUCAUGACCGGUCCCACCACCUCAACAAGCGAUAACCAGGGUGACGGCAAAUGCACAGAGCCACUUAACGCCAACGACGCUAACGCUAACAACUUUGUGCCAACCACCACAUCUUCCACAACAACAUUGCUUCCUGAGACGAUAGACGGGACUGGCGUUCUCACUCAAGCCACUGCUGUAUCAGCCGGGCAGCACGAUCCAUCUUACAUCCAGCAGAACCACACAGCUGGAGGUGAAUCGGUGGUGCAGCUCUUACCAGCACAGACAGUGGAUGGAGCGGCGCAGACACUACAAAGCGUGCAGCUGUUGAAUGCUGGUACGUUUCUGAUUCAAGCCCAAACCGUCUCUCCCACCGGCCAGAUCCAGUGGCAGACCUUCCAAGUUCAAGGCGUUCAGAACCUGCAGAAUCUUCAGCUGCCAGCUGCUAGCGGGGUCUCAUCCCCCCAAAUUACUCUUGCCCCUGUGCAGACCCUUUCUCUUGGGCAAACUGGCACCACAGGCGCGGUGGGACAGAUCCCGAACCUUCAGACAGUCACAGUCAAUUCUGUUGGUCAGUACCAGCAAGACGAGAACACGGAAAGCCACUCAGAUAUUCAAAUUAAAGAAGAGCCAGAGUCUGAUGAUUGGCCGAAUUCCACCCUAAACACCAGUGAUUUGUCCCAUCUUCGUGUGCGGUUGGUUGAGGAGGAUAAGGAGGGGACAGGCCUAGAGGGAAAGAGACUACGUAGAGUAGCCUGUACUUGCCCUAACUGCAAAGAAGCUGGAGGAAGAGGGUCAAGUAUGGGAAAGAAGAAACAACACAUUUGUCAUAUCCCAGGGUGUGGUAAGGUGUACGGUAAGACGUCUCAUCUCCGAGCACACCUGCGUUGGCAUUCAGGAGAGAGACCCUUCAUUUGCUCGUGGAGUUACUGUGGCAAGAGAUUCACCCGUAGCGACGAACUCCAGCGUCACCGCAGAACACACACAGGAGAGAAGAAGUUUGUGUGCCCAGAGUGCUCGAAACGUUUCAUGCGCAGCGACCAUUUAGCCAAACACAUUAAAACUCACCAGAACAAAAAAGGGCUGAACUCCAACUCUGGGGCGGGUCAGACAGAAGCUGCCGCCCCCUCGGACACCAUCAUCACGGGAGGUGGGGCCACUCUCAUCCUCACCAAUCUGCAGCAGGCUGGCACCCAGGACCUUCUUUCAAAUUCCGACCUCCCGCUCCAGUUGGUCACUGUGUCUGCCAGUGAGGUCAUGGAGUGACCAAAAUCAUGCCCACUUUCACAGCUCGUCUGCUUUUCACUAUCAAUUUUUAUAUAUAUGAUAAAAAAUAUAUAUAUAUAUUAUAAAUAUAUAUAUUUUAAAAAUGACUUAUUCAUUUAUGUUCAAUAGCAGUCUUUUGUACAAACAAGGCAAAAAAUGACAUUAAAUGUGGUUCCAGUUUCUACUGAGACACGCGCGUAAGCAUCUACAUGCUCAUAUGAACUUGCGCUCACACACAAGUACAUACACGGAAAUGCCUUAUUUUGUAUCAUAAUCUGUAGUAUAAAAUGCUGGAGUUGCAUGUGUUUUUACUUUUGCUCAUGUAUAUGUUCAGGGGACGAUCAUUAGCGAGUGUGAUUGUGUAAUGGACGUUAUGGUACACGGAAAGCCAGGAUGUGAGAGUGUGUGAGUGAUUACAGUGAGACUGUUCUGUGAGAAUGACAGCAGGAGAAGGACACAGUCUGCUGCGAGGGAGACUUACUCAUGAUCUGUCCAUUUUUAUCCUCCUCCCUCUCAGCUGGCCUUCGUCCAAAUGUGUCUUCACUCUUGCUUUUAUUUUUAUUUGAUGUCAUGUUAGUGGUCUUUGCGCUCUCAGUCACGUGUCCUCUGGAUCUUGUUCGAGGAUCUUCUGAUUUCAUUGUUCUGCUGCCCACAUGCAACUCGAACAAGACAUCAGGUGGCAGAGUAAUACAAUCGUGUAAUAAACUUUCUUUUUCUUGUAUCGUUGCUCUUAUUGCUCUCCAGAUUAUCCCUGUAACAUUCAUAAUGUAUCUUCCAUUUCUUUUUGUUUUCUUCAGCCCCAAGCUGUUUAUAGCCACAAUUUAUGUAGUCUAAUACUGAUUCUGUUGUAUCAAAGACUCCUCAUUUUGAUUACUUUUUAAAACGUGUAAAAUUUGAUGUUACUUUUGUACAACUUUUUUUUUUGUUUGUUUUAUUUUUUUCAAAUGCAACACAAUUAAAGUCGGAAACCUUCCUAUGA